AGGAUAAUUUACUAGGAUUUUCAAGAAAGGUCCAUAAUUGAAAUUAAAAUAUAUGGAGACCCGCCGAUGGAUAAUUAUACAUAAAGAACAUAAAAACCAUAUGUUUACGCAACUCAUCGGAUUAGACUUAUUCUGUUUCUUACGCGGGGUUAGAAGCCACUCGUCCCCCCAAUUUGCAUGUCAGCAGGAUGGACCGAUAAGAAGGUGGGCGAGGUGGGGGAGAUGGACACAAGGAGCAACCGAAUCCUCGCUGGCGGCCGAACAAAGAAAACCCAGUCGCCAAGUGCCGGACAAUGAUCCGACGAUUGACGAAAAGGGUCGACCAGCAAACGUGGAGAAAGCCAAAACCUAAAGAAAACCGAGAGAAAAACCAAAGAACACUUAAAUACAACAAAAAUCGAAUUUUCAUGUUUAAAACGCAAAACCAAAAUUAUCGAUUAACCAAUUAAAGAAAAACCAAAGAGACAAAAACCAAAAGUAAAGUAAAUUGCUACCAGAAAACGCUAGUCCAAAUCUUCACUAUAUAUACGUAUACUAUAUAAAUUUAACUAAUAAUACUUCAAGAGAACACGCCAAUUGCAGCAAUCGCCAAUACUCCAAGUCGAAAAACAUAAAAUAAAGAGAUUUCCAUUAAACGAACGCAAAAUACCAAAUACCAAACACAGCUUCACAGUGUGCACAAUAACAAAACUAAAAAAAAAGUUAAUAACAAAAACCAAAGAAAUACACCCAAACCAAAACCAAGACAAAUUAUUAUUAAACAAAACCGAAAAACAAUUAACCAAACAAAGUCGAAGAAAAAACCAAAGGCAAAGAAAACUUUGCCAAAGUCACGAUCAGCUAACAAAAAGUACAGCAAACGAACACAAUACAAAAAGAACAACAGCGGCGUUUGUGAAGUGAAGCGUCACCACUGGCCACGCCCACCCCCCGCUCAGCCGCCCUCCGUUAUAGCAGUUUUUCUUUUUGACAGCGCUCCGUUUCCAAGAAAUCUUGCGUGUUCCGAAGAAAACUAACCUGCCAGUGGCGCUGAAAUAGUCUCAGAGUGGUCCUUCUUUUUUUUCGAGUGUACGAACUACUUUUUUUUCUGUGUGACCCAAACCGAAGGCGACAACAACUGCAACAAUUGUGAUGGGAGAUCAGCCAAAGGCAACGACAACCGCAACCGCAACCAAAGAAGCAGCAGGUCCAGCCCCUGAAGGAGACGCCGUGAUGGCCGCCAUCCAGAAUUCGCUGACUAAUGGAGCAGGGGCCGGCAACGGUGGUCCGCCGCAGAACCAGGACCAGGAGCCGGGCCAGCAGGAGCACGAGGCCGGGGAGGCCGGCGACGACGCCACCGAUGCCGGGGCCAGCUCGUUGCCCCCCUCGGAGGUGGGGGGCCGGGCGCCCCUGGACACGGCCUGCUCGGAUGCCGACGGCGGUGCCGCCUCCAGCUUGGCCGGCGGCAUCGUAGGUCCGCCCAGUCCGCUCACUGGCUGCUACCUGCUCAUCGUUCUGGGCGAGCCGCACUCCGAGGAGCACAAGGACAACAUCUUGCAACAUCUACUCAAGGGUUUCCUUUCCUGGGACGUUUCCGAUUGUCACGUCGACUUGGAAGAGGAGCUCAAUACAAUUACACAGCAUGCGCCCGAAGGCGAGGAGGCUCGUCACGGCGAACGACUCAUUCAAUAUGCCAGUGAGAAUCUAGUGACGGAGGUGCUCAUCCAUCCGCAGUACAACACUCUGAUCCAGUGCAUGCGCAACCUGCUAAGCAGCUUUACCCGCCACCGGCACAUCAUCCACGCCGGCUACACCUUCAGUGGCAAUGGUUCCUGGAUACUGCAGGAUGGAACUUUUUCUGUGGCGGACUUCUCCGAGGCUCUCCAGGAGCACGACGUACAAAGGGUGAUUCGCGCUUACGCGGACACCAUCACCAUGAACAUCCACUGCGCGGACGCGGGUCUGUGGCACACUCUCCCGGAGAAGUCCUUUGCGCGCCAGUGCCGGAUCCAGAUCAACCCUGUGGACGUCCUGGACACGAGCAGCGAGUGCAUCAACGGCUUUAUAGAUUAUCUGGCGCCCAUGGUGAUGCCGACCUCGCUGAGGGAGCUACUCGAGACCUCGGACGUCGUGGGAAAUAUCCGCUUCACGCAUCCCACGCUUUACGUCUUCCCCGGCGGUCAGGGUGACGCUGCGCUCUUCGGGAUCAACGGCUUUAACAUGCUGGUUGACGGCGGUUUCAAUCGGAAGGCAUGCUUCUGGGACUUUGCCCGGCACCUGGACCGACUGGACGCGGUUCUGAUGACGCGCCUUAACAACAGCAACGUACAGGGCCUGGGGGCGGUGGUGUCGCGCAAGCGGGACUCCCACGUCUACCCCCAGAUCGGACACUUCUUCGGCAACGUACCUGACCGCAAGGGGCUCCCCAGCCCCGACGGCGACAAGGACCGCGACCCACUGCUGAUCGAUCUCUUCGAGCGCGGACACGGGAUCGUCAGCGACCUGAAGGCACUGGACCUGAAGCCGCAGGGUUGCUACCGCAACCAGGAGCCGGUGAACCUCUACCACAAGGUGGGACACGGCACCCUGGAUAUGUAUGUGAUAAGCCCGGCACGCGACUCUAAAGAGGUGAAGGAGUUCCUUCAGAAGUGGCACGCCGGCGACCAGCGGCUCUUUGCCGCCCGAGAGUCUCGUGACUUUAACUUCCCGCUGCAGAACUUGGUAUCCAUAUGCGCGUUGCUCGUGUGGCAGCCCGCCAACCCGGACGACACUAUCACCCGUAUCCUCUUCCCGGGCAGUACUCCUGACUUCAAGAUCCAGGAGGGCCUCGAGAAACUUAAGCACCUGGAGUUCAUGAAGCACUCCACCUGCACAGCCAAAUCGAUUGCCCCCGCCAUCCAGACCGUGCCCGGCGUUCGCAAAAGCCUAAAGUCGGCCAUUGAAGCUACGCCCGCUCCGCCCAGCGCCAGCUACAAAUCCUCGAAGUUCGGGCCCGUGGCCAGUGCCGCUAUAGCCGUCCAGCAUCCGCAGCAGCAAGACAACAAGGCAAGAGAGGCGGCGGCAGUUGCAGCGGCAGCGGCUGCGGCUGCGGCUGCAUCCGCGGCAUCCAUCGUUCGCACCAAAGCCGAUUCCAUCGACACGGAUGUAGAGCCGGAGCAAGAGCAGGAACCUGAACCCGCUGACACUGGCGAUGAAGCAGCUCCUGCAGAACAAGAGCCCGAGGCUGAUACGGAACCAGAGCACGAACCCGAGGCCGAUCAGGAUAACAAGGAUGCCGAAGAGGAGAAAAAGGUGGAAGUGCUUAUCAUGAAGCCACAGCAGGGGACAGCACCUGCAACAUUCCUAGCCUCUGAAAAGGAUGCUCUUGAUGCUGCCCCUGCCGAUGCCACGCCCACCGGCAAGCCCGGAAAGGGGUCGGCCAAGGGCAAGGCGGAAAAGCCUCGCGCGGAGGUAAAGCCCGUGGUGCGCUCCCGCAUCGACACCAAGCCGCCCAAGUCCAUGGACCGCAAGCUGGCCAAGCGGGACGAGAAGAAGAGCUCGCCUACGGCUACGCCGGCCGCGCGGGCACCUGUGGCUCGCGAUGUCAAACCGAAGGUGCUGAGCCGCCCGGCCACCAAGUCAAGUCCAAGUAGCACCCCCGCUAAGAGCGCAAAGGAGGCCAACAACCGCAAAGUGUUGGAGUCCAAGCAGCAAGCGGCUAGAGUGCAGGCCUCAAGCACAACCUCCAGGAGGAUCACUAGCACUGCAAGUGAAAGGCGUGUGCAUCAGCAAGCGGAGGCGAAGACAGCGACAACUGGGGCCACUCAGGCGACGCAGAGGAAGCCCAUCUCGCGAAGACCUCGUGGCGUUUCGCCCUCAAAGCGUGCACCAGCACCCGGAAGUCCGGUCAAGCAGGCGAAGCCAAAGGUGGUGGACCUAAAGAAGACGCGCCUGGAUAAGGGCGGCACCACCGACUCCAGCCUGGUGUCCACCCCUUCCGCAGAUGAAGCCACGGCUGCCAAAAAACUGCAGGACCUUACCGCCUCACAGGAGUUAGACGCAGAGAAGCAGCGCGAAUUGGACGACCUUAAGGAGGAACAGGAGGUGGUUCGUGAGAUUGAGGCGGUGUUCAGCCGGGACGAAAUGAAGCGUCAGCAGCACCAGCAAAUCAAGGCCGAGCUGCGUGAAAUGCCCGCCGAGGGAACUGGUGAUGGUGAGGAUGAGCCAGAGGAGGAGGAAGAGUACCUGAUAAUCGAAAAGGAGGAAGUGGAGCAGUAUACCGAAGACUCAAUCGUCGAGCAAGAGAGCAGCAUGACCAAGGAGGAGGAGAUCCAGAAGCACCAGCGCGACUCACAAGAAUCAGAAAAGAAGCGCAAAAAGAGUGCCGAGGAGGAGAUCGAGGCGGCCAUUGCAAAGGUAGAAGCCGCCGAGCGCAAAGCGCGACUGGAGGGCGCCUCGGCCUCGGCCUCUGCCCUGCAAGACGAACCGGAAUUGGAUGCGGACUUGGAGCAGGCCGAAAUCAAGGCGGAGGUCCAGGAAAUCAUUGCAACUGCUAAGGACAUUGCCAAGUCGCGUACCGAGGAGCCAUUGACAAAGCCCGCCGAGGAGGAGUUCUCCUCGCCUACGCCCGAAGAGAAACUGAGCAAGAAGACGUCAGACACAAAGGAUGAGCCACACGGAGCACCAGUAGACGUCAUGCUCGUCAAUCUUCAGGAAAGCCUGCCCGAGGAGAAGUUCUCGGCCACCAUUGAGUCGGGGGCAACUACGGCGCCCACACUUCCCGAGGACGAGCGCAUUCCGCUGGAUCAAAUCAAGGAGGACCUGGUGAUCGAGGAGAAGUAUAUAAAGGAGGAGACCAAGGAAGUAGAGGCUAUUGCCGUGACACACGUACAUGCUCUUUCCAAAGCGGCACCAUCCGCAAUCGCGGAUGUAUUAGUCGCAACCGCCAAGGAUGCCCCCAAACACGCCGAGGUCGAGAUUUUGGGUGAGCUGCACGAAUCCGGUGAGCGGGUGCUCCCCAUGAAGAUGACCUUCGAGGCGCAGCAGAACCUUCUGCGUGAUGUCAUCAAAACUCCCGACGAAGUGGCAGAUCUACCCGUCCAUGAGGAAGCCGAUCUCGGGCUAUACGAAAAAGAUAGUCAGGACGCCGGCGCCAAAAGCAUCUCACACAAAGAAGAAUCCGCCAAGGAAGAAAAGGAGACCGACGACGAGAAGGAGGCCAAGGAAGCAGAGGUAGAACCAGAAGCUGAACCGAAAAAGGAAGAACCCUACAAAGUAGAACUCAAACAGUCAGCACAGGAGGUGGCCGAAGAAUUUGUGGCAACUGAGGCUGUAGUGAAGAAACAGACAGAGGAGUUGGUGACCCUCGACACCGAAAGGAUUGUGGAGAUAGGUAUAGCCGCUGCCCAAGCAGGUCAGGAACAGCAAAAGGAUCAAGAAAAAGAGAAGGAAGAAGUGCCUGAUCAAAAGGCAGAGUUGGGAAUCAUCACGGAAAAGGAGACCAAAAAGUCUGCCAGCACUCCUGAAGAGAAGGAGACCAGCGACAUUACUUCCGAAGAUGAGCUGCCAGCGCAGCUGGCGGAACAGAUCACGAUGACCGUUCCCCCAAAAGAUAGUAGGGAUCGUGAGGACACCGUCUCGAUGGAGAGUCCAGCCACCAUCGAGGAGGCAAUAGAAGUCGAGGUGGAGGCCAAGCAAGAAGCCCAAAAACAGGAUUCACAAAAGGGACCGGUUGCCGCCGAGAGCACCAAAGCCGACAAGUCGCCACUUGCAUCGACGGAGGCCUCCCGUCCUCAGUCUGCAACUGGAAGCGUCAAGGACGAUGCUGAGCAGCCAGAAGCCGACAAAUCCAAAGAGUCCUCCCGCCCCGAAUCGGUGGCGGGUGGAACAAAGCCUGAUAGUUCAAAAGACGAGAAGUCCCCACUUGCGUCUAAAGAAGUUUCUCGGCGGCAAUCCGCUGCAGAGAUCGUCAAAGAUGAAGCCAAGGAACCUGAAAGACAUCGAGAAGCUUCCCGACCAGGCUCAGUGGCUGGCUCCCGUCGUGAAUCAAUUUCAGAAAGCGUCAAAGUUGAAAAGUCUUCCCUUGCCACCAAGGAAGUGUCCCGGCCAGAUUCCGUUGCUGAAAGCAUUAAAGAUCAAGCUGAUAAGGUAGAUAGCCGCCGGGAGUCUGUAGCCGAAAGCGUCAAGCCAGACAGUGCAAAGGACGAGAAGUCUCCACUUGCAUCAAAGGAAGCCUCCAGGCCAGAAUCCGUUGCAGAAAGCGUCAAAGAAGAAGCUGACAAAUCUGUUGAGCCAUCCCGGCCGGCAUCUGUUGCAGAAAGCGCCAAGGGAGAGAAGUCCGCCAAGGACGUAGAAAGUCGCCGGGAGUCUGUAGCUGAAAGCGUCAAGCCAGACAGUGCAAAGGACGAGAAGUCUCCACUUGCAUCAAAGGAAGCUUCCAGGCCAGAAUCCGUUGCAGAAAGCGUCAAAGAAGAAGCUGAAAAAUCUGUUGAACCAUCGCGACCGGCAUCUGUUGCAGAAAGCGCCAAGGGAGAGAAGUCCGUUGAGGACGUAGAUACUCGCCGGGAGUCUGUCGCCGAAAGCCUCAAGCCAGACAGUGCAAAGGACGAAAAAUCUCCACUUGCAUCAAAGGAAGCUUCCAGGCCAGAAUCCGUUGCAGAAAGCGUCAAAGAUGAAGCUGACAAAUCCGUGGAACCAUCGCGGCCGGCAUCUGUUGCAGAAAGCGCCAAAGGAGAGAAGUCCGUUGAGGACGUAGAUACUCGCCGGGAGUCUGUAGCCGAAAGCGUCAAGCCAGACAGUGCAAAGGACGAAAAGUCUCCACUUGCAUCAACGCAAGCUUCCAGGCCAGAAUCCGUUGCAGAGAGCGUCAAAGAUGAAGCUGACAAAUCCGUUGAACCAUCCCGGCCGGCAUCUGUUGCAGAAAGCGCCAAAGGAGAGAAGUCCGUUGAGGACGUAGAUACUCGCCGGGAGUCUGUAGCCGAAAGCGUCAAGCCAGACAGUGCAAAGGACGAGAAGUCUCCACUUGCAUCAAAAGAAGCUUCCAGGCCAGAAUCCGUUGCAGAGAGCGUCAAAGAAGGAGCACAAAAAUCCGUUGAACCAUCCCGGCCGGCAUCUGCUGCCGAAAGCGCCGAAGGAGAGAAAUCCGUCGAGGACGUAGAUACUCGCCGGGAGUCUGUAGCCGAAAGCGUCAAGCCAGACAGUGUAAAGGAUGAAAGGUCUCCAUUUGCAUCAAAGGAGGCUUCCAGGCCAGAAUCCGUUGCAGAAAGCGUCAAAGAAGAAGCUGACAAAUCUGUUGAGCCAUCCCGGCCGGCAUCUGUUGCAGAAAGCGCCAAGGGAGAGAAGUCCGCCAAGGACGUAGAAAGUCGCCGGGAGUCUGUAGCUGAAAGCGUCAAGCCAGACAGUGCAAAGGACGAGAAGUCUCCACUUGCAUCAAAGGAAGCUUCCAGGCCAGAAUCCGUUGCAGAAAGCGUCAAAGAAGAAGCUGACAAAUCUGUUGAGCCAUCCCGGCCGGCAUCUGUUGCAGAAAGCGCCAAGGGAGAGAAGUCCGCCAAGGACGUAGAAAGUCGCCGGGAGUCUGUAGCCGAAAGCGUCAAGCCAGACAGUUCAAAGGACGAAAAAUCUCCACUUGCAUCAAAGGAAGCUUCCAGGCCAGAAUCCGUUGCAGAAAGCGUCAAAGAAGAAGCUGACAAAUCUGUUGAACCAUCCCGACCGGCAUCUGUUGCAGAAAGCGCCAAGGGAGAGAAGUCCGCCGAGGUCGUAGAAAGUCGCCGGGAGUCUGUAGCCGAAAGCGUCAAGCCAGACAGUGCAAAGGACGAAAAAUCUCCACUUGCAUCAAAGGAAGCUUCCAGGCCAGAAUCCGUUGCAGAAAGCGUCAAAGAUGAAGCUGACAAAUCUGUUGAACCAUCCCGACCGGCAUCUGUUGCAGAAAGCGCCAAAGGAGAGAAGUCCGCCGAAGUCGUAGAAAGUCGCCGGGAGUCUGUAGCCGAAAGCGUCAAGCCAGACAGUGCAAAGGACGAGAAGUCUCCACUUGCAUCAAAGGAAGCUUCCAGGUCAGAAUCCGUUGCAGAAAGCGUCAAAGAAGAAGCUGACAAAUCUGUGGAACCAUCGCGACCGGCAUCUGUGGCAGAAAGCGCCAAGGAAGAGAAAUCCGCUGAAGACGUAGAAAGUCGCCGGGAGUCUGUAGCUGAAAGCGUCAAGCCAGACAGUGCAAAGGACGAAAAAUCUCCACUUGCAUCAAAGGAAGCUUCCAGGCCAGAAUCCGUUGCAGAAAGCGUCAAAGAUGAAGCUGACAAAUCUGUUGAACCAUCCCGACCGGCAUCUGUUGCAGAAAGCGCCAAAGGAGAGAAGUCCGCCGAAGUCGUAGAAAGUCGCCGGGAGUCUGUAGCUGAAAGCGUCAAGCCAGACAGUGCAAAGGACGAGAAGUCUCCACUUGCAUCAAAGGAAGCUUCCAGGUCAGAAUCCGUUGCAGAAAGCGUCAAAGAAGAAGCUGACAAAUCUGUGGAACCAUCGCGACCGGCAUCUGUGGCAGAAAGCGCCAAGGGAGAGAAAUCCGCUGAAGACGUAGAAAGUCGCCGGGAGUCUGUAGCUGAAAGCGUCAAGCCAGACAGUGCAAAGGACGAAAAAUCUCCACUUGCAUCAAAGGAAGCUUCCAGGCCAGAAUCCGUUGCAGAAAGCGUCAAAGAAGAAGCUGAAAAAUCUGUUGAGCCAUCCCGACCGGCAUCUGUUGCAGAAAGCGCCAAGGGAGAGAAGUCCGCCAAGGACGUAGAAAGUCGCCGGGAGUCUGUAGCCGAAAGCGUCAAGCCAGACAGUGCAAAGGACGAAAAAUCUCCACUUGCAUCAACGCAUGCUUCCAGGCCAGAAUCCGUUGCAGAAAACGUCAAAGAUGAAGCUGAUAAAUCUGUUGAACCAUCCCGGCCGGCAUCUGUUGCAGAAAGCGCCAAGGGAGAGAAAUCCGCUGAAGACGUAGAAAGUCGCCGGGAGUCUGUAGCCGAAAGCGUCAAGCCAGACAGUGCAAAGGACGAAAAAUCUCCACUUGCAUCAACGCAUGCUUCCAGGCCAGAAUCCGUUGCAGAAAACGUCAAAGAUGAAGCUGAUAAAUCUGUUGAACCAUCCCGACCGGCAUCUGUUGCAGAAAGCGCCAAGGGAGAGAAGUCCGCCAAGGACGUAGAAAGUCGCCGGGAGUCUGUAGCCGAAAGCGUCAAGCCAGACAGUGCAAAGGACGAAAAAUCUCCACUUGCAUCAAAGGAAGCUUCCAGGCCAGAAUCCGUUGCAGAAAACGUCAAAGAUGAAGCUGAUAAAUCUGUUGAACCAUCCCGGCCGGCAUCUGUUGCAGAAAGCGCCAAGGGAGAGAAAUCCGCUGAGGACGUAGAAAGUCGCCGGGAGUCUGUAGCCGAAAGCGUCAAGCCAGACAGUGCAAAGGACGAGAAGUCUCCACUUGCAUCAAAGGAAGCUUCCAGGCCAGAAUCCGUUGCAGAAAGCGUCAAAGAUGAAGCUGACAAACCUGUUGAACCACCCCGAUCGGCAUCUGUUGCAGAAAGCGCAAAAGGAGAAAAAUCCGCUGAGGACGUAGAUAGUCGCCGGGAGUCUGUUGCCGACAGCGUCAAGGACGAGAAGUCCCCACUUGCCUCGAAGGACGCUUCCAGGCCAGAAUCUGUUGCAGGAAGCACCACAGAAGAGAGCAAACAGAACGAGAAGGCCGCUCAAGCCGCCAAGGAAGGAUCGCGUCCAGACUCAGUGGCAGAAAGUGUUGAAGAUGACGCUGAAAAAUCAAAAGAACUCUCCCGACGGGAAUCGAUAGCUGAAAGUGUGAAGGAAGCGAUCUCCCCACUUGCAUCGAAAGAAGGGUCAAGGCGCGGAUCAGUAAUUGAGAGUAUCCUAGAUAAAAUUAAAAGGCCUGAGAGCCGACGAGAGUCGGUCGCUGAAACCAUAAAGACAGAUGCAAAGUCUUCUCAGGCCUCCAAAGAUGUAUCGCGCCCAGAAUCGGCCGCGGAAAAUGUGAAAGACAAAGUCGAUAAAUCCGCAGAACCAUCACAACCAGGGUCCGUGUCCGAAAUUAUUAAUGAGGAAAUCAGCAAGGUUGACCAGUCGCCUAUCGCCUCUAAGAAUGUCUCUAGAGCGGAAUCAAUAGCGGAAAGCGAUAGGGAUGACACCGACAAGCCUGAAUCUGUUGUGGAAACUGUUGCCUUAAAGGAAAUUUCGCGACCAGAGGCUAUUGUUGAAAGCAAAGGAGAUACCCAGUCGAAGGAGGCCUCGCGCCCCGAAUCUGUUGCAGAAAGCGCCAAAGGAGAUUCUACAAAGGGCGAAAAAUCUCCAUUGGCAUCUCGACCAGCAUCCGUUGCAGAAAGUGUAAAAGAUGAGGCUGAGAAGUCCAAGGAACCGUCUAGGCCAGAGUCGGUGGCAGAAAGCAUUAAGGCAGAAAGUAUUAAGGAUGAAAAAUCAGCACUGCCAUCUAAAGAAACGUCGAGGUCCGCAUCUGUUGUGGAAGGCGUAAACGAUGAGGCUGAAAAGUCGAAGGAAGCAUCUCGGCGAGAGUCGGUAGCCGAAAGCAUUAAGGCGGAAAGCAGCAAGGGUAUUCCAUCUGUUCAGGUAUCCAGGGAAGCAUCAAGACCAGAAUCGGUGGUAAAAAGCAUUGAAGACGAUGCUGAGAGACCAGAAAGUCGCCGUGCAUCUGUAACUGAGAGUGUUAAACCGGAAAGUGCUAAAGACGAGAAGUCGCCAGCAGCCUCGAAGGAAAUUUCUCGGCCGGAAUCCGUGGCGGAGAGUGUUAAAGACGAGGCAGAUAAAUCCAAGGAACCAUCCCGGCGGUCAUCUGUCGCAGAAAGCGUAAAGUCGGAUAGUUCAAAGGUUGUCAAGUCUUCACUUGCUUCUAGGGAAGCGUCCCGACCAGAGUCUGUUACUGAAAGUAUUAACGAUGAAACCGAAAAAUCCAAAGUGCCGCCUCGAAGGGAAUCUGUGGCUGAAAGCGUAAAGGCGGAAAGUGUUCUGGACGACAAAUCGCGCCCGGCAUCCGUUGUGGAAAGCCUAAAAGAUGAAGCAGAAAAGCCAGAAAGCCGCCGGGAAUCGGUUGCUCAAAGCCUAACGACCGCCAGUGAUAAGGACGAGAAGUCCCCACUGGCUUCAAAGGAAGUCUCCAGGCCAGGAUCUGUUGCUGAAAGCAUUAAAGAUGAUCUUGAAACGCCUGAGAAAAUUAGAGACGACAAGUCGAAUGAGCCCUCCCGACGCGAGUCUCUGUCUGAAAAGUCCGCUAUCCUUUCGAAGGAGAUCUCGCCCAGACCAGUAUCUGUGGCAAGUGACCAUGAAGCUGCCGUCGAUGUUGAGGCCGAGCCAAAGUCUUCCAUCUCCCCCGAAGAAGCCCCGCUUCCAGAGUCAAUUGCUGAAACUGCCUCAUCACCAAUUGAGGAAGCGGCCGUGGAGUUCUCUGAGAUCGAAGUUGUGAAAAGAGCUAGCCUUGCGCUUAGCCUUCAAGCGGGCCCAGGAGGAAAACUGCCAACGGACUCAAGUCCUGUUGACGUGGCCGAGGGUGACUUUUCACAUGUCGUCGCUCCGGUUUCAUCUACCACAGCAACUCUUACCAAGCCAGCAGAGCUCUCGCAGGUCGGUGCUGCUGUAACCGCCUCGUCUCCUGUAGAUGAAGCUCCAAAAACGACAUUUUCUCCGGCGCAAGAAUCCCGACCAGAUUCUCCUGCAGAAUGCGCAAGUCCCGAGCUUGCCAAGGAUGAAAAAUCGACUCUAGCUUCAAAGGAACCUUCGAGGGCCGGAUCAGUUGCGGAAACUCCUAAGGACGAGGACGAACCUAAAGACUUCGCACAAUUCCAAGAAAGAGGAAUAUUACCAUUGAAUAUUGACCUUAAGGGUAAACUCCCAACAUUGUCGAGUCCUGUGGAUGUGGCUCAUGGUGAUUUCCCUCAGACAGCCACACCCACAAGCUCCCCAACUUCAGGCCCAACACAACCAGCUGAGCUCUCCAAAGUCGACAUUGAGAAGACAGCAUCGAGUCCUGUAGAUGAGGCUCCCAAGUCCCUAAUUGGAUCUCCACUUAAGGAACGCCCAGAAUCUCCUGCUGAAAGUGCCCAGGACGACGCUGAUAAAACCGGUUUAAUAAUUGGCUCAAAGGAGGUGUCACGUCGUGAAUCAAUCGCAGAAACUACAAAUGCUGUCGAAAAGUCCAAGGAGCCAUCUCGACGUGAAUCACUUGCCGGAAGCGUGUCUGUUGCAGAAAGCAUUCAGGAUGUGGAAAGUGCUGAGAAACUAGAUAGCCGACGGGAGUCCAAACCAGAAGCCGUAGACAGCGUUGCUGAUAAGGCUGAAUCAAAGGAGCCAUCCCGCCGGGAAUCUGUAGCGGGAAGCGCCAAAGCAGAAAGCACUAAGGAUGAUAAGUCUCCACUGGCAUCGAAAGAAAUUUCGAGGCCAGAAUCCGUCAUGGAAUGUGCAAAAGAUGAUGCAGAAAAAGGUGAUAAAUCUCCCCUUGCCUCCAUGGAAGUGUCCCGGCCAGUCUCUGCUGUGGAAAGUGUCAAGGACGAAGGUGAAAAAACGGAGAGUCGACGAGAAUCGAUUGCAGAGAGCCUACAAGCAGAAAGUGUCAAGGACGAUAGGUCUCCGCAGGCCUCCAAGGAAGUCUCAAGGCCUGAGUCUGUCGCAGAGAGCGUUAAGGAUGAAAAGUCAGCACCAGCAUCAAAAGAAGCUUCUCGACCUGAAUCCGUCGUAGAAAGCAUUAAAGAUGAAGCUGAAAAAGAAGGAAUUCGUCGUGAAUCUCUCGCAGUUAGCGUGAAAUCCGAAAGUGCAAGGGACGGCACCACACCACUACCCCCUACUGAACUUUCUCGACCAGAGUCCGUUGUAGAAAGCGUCAAGUCUGAAGGCGACAAGAACGCAAGCCGCCGUGACUCAGUCGCUGACAGUACACAGCCAGACAUUGCUGAGCACGGAAAAACUCCCCUUGCGUCGAAGGAAGUUUCUCGACCUGCAUCUGUGGCGGAAAGUGUCAAAGAUGAGACUGAAAAACCAGAAAGCGGUCGUGAAUCCGUGGCGGAAAGCGUUAAAGAUGAAGCUGCCCAGUCUAAGGAGCCCUCUCGUCCCGAAUCUGUUGCAGAAAGCGUUAAAGAUGAAGCUGCCCAGUCUAAGGAGGCCUCUCGUCCCGAAUCUGUUGCAGAAAGCACCAAAGGCGAUAAAUCUCCAUUGGCAUCCCGACCAGCAUCCGUUGCAGGAAGUGUAAAAGAUGAGGCUGACAAGUCCAAGGAACCGUCUAGGCCAGCGUCGGUGGUAGAAAGCAUUAAGGCAGAAAGUAUUAAGGAUGAAAAAUCAGCGCUUCCAUCUAAAGAAACGUCCAGAUCAGCAUCUGUUGUGGAAAGUGUACACGAUGAGGCUGACAAGUCGAAGGAAGCAUCUCGGCGAGAGUCGGUGGCUGAAAGCGUUAAGGCGGAAAGCAGCAGUAAUGACAAAUCUCCUCUUGUGUCAAAUGAGGCACCAAUAUCACAAUCCCUUAAAGAGGAAGCAGAUGUGGCUGAUGACAAAUCAAAGGAAGCGUCGCGCCGCGAGUCCGUGGCUGAAAGUAUAGGGGCGGCUAGUAAAAAUAGUGACUUGCCAGCUGCCUCACCCAAGGAAUCGCAGGCAGCAUCACGACGCGAGUCAGUAUCCGAAAGCGUGAUGGCACCAAGUUCCAAGGACGAGAAGCCAUCACUUUCUUUGAGCCCGCAGUCGGUGGACGACAAGUCGCCAGCUGGCUCAAAGGAAAUAUCCCGCCCUGCAUCGGUGGCCGAGACCGCAUCCUCUCCCAUCGAUGAAGGUUUGCGCCACAUCGCUGACUUAAGUCUGCCCCUGAGCCAAAUGACAACCGAAGCCAAAGGCAUACUUCCAACUCUCUCCAGUCCGGUUGAUGUGGCUGAAGGUGACUUCUCGAAAGUACAAGUUGACUCCAUACAACAAGCUACACCUUCCAAACCAGCGGAGCUUGCCCAGGCGGAUACGGCGCACACAGCCGGAAGUCCCGUGGAUGAGGCUCCUACAAUCCUGGAGGACAUCGAAGUUGUUAAAGAGCAUAUCACCCUUGUAGCAGAAGAAGACCUGCUGGGUAUCAAGGAAACUAAAUCCGAGACAAAGCAAUCGGAAACAUCGUUGUUCGAAUCCUUCUCCUCCAAAGUCGAGGAGAAAGUCGAGAAGCUUGAGAGCUCGGUGAAACAGGUGGAGACGAAGACCGAGAGUGCAGUAAAGCAGGUGGAAAGUACUGUGACAGGUACCCUGGAACAGGUGAGCAAGGAAAGCAGCGAGCAACUGAAGGAGAUCAAAUCCGUUCUGGACACCAAGGUCAGCAGCGUGACCAGCUUACUCUGCACUGCCGUGGAGACAGUCGAAAAGAAAGUGCAUCAGUUGACAGAGACUGUAAGUGAAAAAGCCUCCGAAAUUGCCGAGGCCGCGGAGUUUGGUCAGGAUAAGAGCAGUCUGGAUCUGGGUACUUUUUCGGAGCUGCGUGAAACGCACAUCACCACCGUGGGCUCGCCCGAGUUUACGGUUACGAUCUGCGAGCGGGAUGAAUCCGUGCUGCACGACAUCAAGGAGGAGGACGAGGAGCACCGCUUUUCGCCACCUAGCGAUGGCGGCAAGACAGGAAUUGUGCCACCCCAGCCGAUGCGACCGUUAUCGCCGCGCGAGGAGGAAGUGGCAAAAAUUGUAGCAGACGUGGCCAAGGUACUAAAGUCUGACAAGGCCAUUACCGACAUCAUACCUGACUUUGACGAACGCCAGUUGGAGGAAAAGCUUAAAUCCACCGCCGAGGAGGAGUCCGACAAGAGUGAGGGGGGCGAGAAGUCCCUGCAGAUCUGCGUGAAGGUAGAAAUCGAGUCCGAGAAGUCAUCGCCCGACCAAAAAUCUGGCCCAAUUUCCAUCGAGGAAAAGGACAAGAUCGAACAAUCCGAAAAAGCACAGUUACGGCAGGGAGCAGCUGCUGUCAGUCGCCCUGAGUCGGCUGCCAGCCAGCCAGAGUCUGUGUCCUCCCGCCCCGAGUCAGUAGCCAGUCACGAGCAGAAGGAGGAGGAAGCCAAGCCCAAGGAACAGUCAUCUCCCAUUCCAAGCAAGGAGUCCGUUGCCAGCCAGGAUGACGAGAAGGACAUCAAGACAUCCCGCCCAGCAUCCAUCACCAGCCAGUGCAGUGCCAAGGAUGUCGUUGAGGAGACGACAGAGUCGCUUCUUCACUCAUUAACCACUGAGACCGUCGAGAGCAAAAAGGUGGAAGAGAAGUCGAGUAUGGAGUCCGAGUCCACUUCAGUCACUAAGUCCACAGUCCUCUCGAGUCAGUCAGUCCAACUACGCGAGGAUUCCACGAGCGACUCGCUGAGCAGCAGCCUUAAGGUAGAGGACAGCUCUCGACGCGAGUCACUCUCCAGUUUGCUGGCCGAGAAGGGUGCCAUCACAACGAGCACCAGUCUGAAGGAGGACACCAGUACCGCCGCAUCUCAGCUGGAAGAGCUGCUGGUGCAGUCCGAAGAGUGCUCAUCAGAGUCAAUCGUAAGCGAGAUUCAGACCAGUACCGCUCAGAAGUCAUUUAGGGAAACCAAAGAGUCUAAGGAAGGAAAGGAAACCAGCAGCUUCAGCACCAGCAGUUUCACCAAAGACGACAACCUCAAGGAGACGGUGGCCGAAUUUCUGGCCACCGAGAAGAUCGUCUCCGCCAAGGAAACCUUCAGCGCCGAGGCCACCAAGACAGCCGACGAGUGCCUGAAAAAAGCCACCGCCAGCAGUGUUUCCAGCUCCACCGCCUCCCAAAAGCCGCUUUUCGUGGGGACGGACGAGUCCCGACGGGAGUCUCUACUGAGCCAGGGCAGCGAGGGCCGCCUGACCCACAGUGAUCCUGAGGAUGAGGAGGCUGAUGAGGAAGACGAGGAGCGCGCCAGUGUGAAGGAGAGCCGCUCCAAGUCCAUUGCCACCAUCAUGAUGACUAGCAUCUACAAGCCUAGCGAGGAUAUAGAGUCAAUUGCCACGCUCGCCGAGGAGGAGCACGAUCAAAUAGAGGAUAUGGGCCAAAAGACCACCUCCAUCACCACCAGCACCAGCAAGACCACAACUCUUCUGCAGUCCAGUGAGCAGAGCAGCAGCAGCACCACCAGCAGCUCCAAGGUGGAAUCCAUUACGCUCACACAAAUCGAUCAGAGUGGCCAGGAUCAAGCCCGGUUUGCGAGUGACCCCGCUGAUCGCAAGACUCCGCCAACGGCGCCCGUCAGUCCCAGCGUAAAGCCAUUGAGCUCGACGGGAUCUGCUGGCUCUGUAAUUGGAACUGCAGUCGGAGCUGCUGGCGGAAAGUGCGAAUCCAGCGCAGCCAGCAUCGUCUCCUCUUCGGGCCCGCUCUCGCCCAAGGACAUCAGCGGCAAGUCCAGUCCCGGCGCUCUUACCUCGGAGAGCCAGUCCAUUCCCACUCCGCUGGGUCGCGAGUCCCACACGGAGACACCCGAGUCAUCGCCCAAGCCCACGUCGCCUUUUCCGCGCGUCACCAAGGACGAGCUAAAGUCUCUGGAAAUUCAGCACCACGAACAGGAGCAGAUGCUAGAAGGAGCAGUUGCAGCCGGAGCUGAGUGCGAGGUAGAUCUCCCCGAGCUGCACGAGCUGCGUGGACUAGAGAGCACUACGGCUCUGAGCGGCAGCACAGACAAGAUAAUCACCACCACCAUCACCACGGUGACCAAAGUGAUCUCGGCGGACGGCAAGGAAAUAGUGACCGAGCAGAAGACGGUUACCACCACGGACAGCUCGGAGCCGGACAGCGAGAAGGUGGUGGUCACCACCACGCGCACUACAAGCGAGAGUGAACGCGACCAACUGCUGCCCAAGGAGGUGGCCCUGCUGCGCGGCCUGUACCGCGCCAGCACCCCGGGCAGUGAGGACGACGAAGACCUGCUGCUGGGAUCACCCCGCAGCGCCACAAGCUACGAGCUGCAGCACUCCAGCUCCGGAGUCAGCAAGCGCUCCGACCUGGACGCCGAAGGAGACGAAAGCCAGGACGACAUUCCGCCGCAGUACGGCAGCGAGGAGCACUCGACGGCGCGCUCGAUCCUACUGCCUCGCACGAUCGACCCCAUGGCCACCUCCUUCUACGGUGCUCUGCCCGACAGCUUCGACACCGCGAUGAAGCCUAGCACCGAGCCAAUUCCCAUCCAAGGCGCUCCGUCCGGCGAUAGCCAGUCGUCGGAGAGCGUGGAGAGCACUAGCCAGACCUGGGCCGGACACAAGUUCCUCGAUCAGGCGGACAAAGACUUCCAGCGGGCGCUCGAGGAGCACGUGCAGGCGCGUGGCGCCGAGGUCAUGUCUUCCGUCACAGCGAAGUACUCGUACUCGCCCUCAAAGGCAGAGGAGAUGGAGCAGAUCGUGAGCAGCACUGCGGAACGGCAGCGCUUCCCACUGAGCGAUGUCCAGCGCUCUCGUGUAGCAGAAAGCGGAUUCGCCACCGUGGGUAGUGCCGCCGCCCAGCAGCAACAGGAUAUGUCGAAGGAAGCCACUACCACAACUGUAUCAUCAGCAAGCGCCACAACAACAACCACAACUACAACAAGUUCCACUGGAGCCCUGCCGAAAGACCGCCUGGAGGAGUGGGGCAAGCCCUUGGGCCUGCCAUCACCUGCACCACUGCCCGUGGAGGGCGGGGCUGACAUCCGCACCACGCCCAAGAAGGAACGCCGGCUGGUGGCCACCAAGACGCGACUAAACAACGAGAAAAAUCUGCGCAAGCGCAGUGAAUCGCCCAACAAGGUGGGCAAGAAGCCGGCGCCCGUAUACGUGGACCUCACAUACGUGCCGCACAACGGCAACUCUUACUACGCCCACGUGGACUUCUUCAAGCGGGUGCGGGCUCGCUACUACGUCUUCUCCGGCACGGAGCCCAGUCGCCAGGUGUACGAUGCACUGCUGGAGGCCAAGCAGACAUGGGAGGACAAGGAGUUGGAGGUCACCAUCAUACCCACGUACGACACCGAUGUGCUGGGCUACUGGGUGGCUGAAAACGAGGAGCUGCUAGCCAAGCACCGCAUCGACCUUUCGCCAUCCGCCUCCCGAUGCACCAUUAACCUGCAGGACCACGAGACCUCGUGCUCUGCCUACCGUUUGGAGUUCUAGGCCACGGGCUUGUUUAUUGCAUUCGACGACGACUAAGCCAACCCAUAACGCACCCAACCAAAGAAGCAGACGAGAAGAGCAAUGCCAGAGGAUCGACUCCAUGUAGGGCUUACAAAGUGCUUGGAAUCGGACUCUGGCAGCACGGGCACCAGGACAAGGGACUGGGACGAGGAUAAGGAUGAGGAUGACGACAACAGCAACAGCAACAAAAUUAGGACAACGACGAAGACAAUGCAAUAUGGCAAGUUUCGUGCGCGGGAGCCGCAGGAAACGGAAAUGAGGCGGACGCAGGCUGAUAUGGCGGAGUACGGGUCACGCGAAUGACGCCAUUUUGUUUGCAAAUGCCGUCUAUUAAGCUUUCGCCGACUUAUUUCUGCCAAACAAAAGCUACGUAAUUAAUUGAUAUUUAGUUUCAAAAGAUUAAUUACCAAACAAUGCAAUGCAACCGGAGGAGCAGAUCCUCAGUGGAUUAGUCGAGAAGAACACACAUUUUUGUUGCUUUCAUUGAAUAACGUCAAGCUGCAUUGCCUAGUAAUCCAAAGAUCAAAAUAGUUUUCAAAACCGCAUAGCUAAAAUAUACAAAGGAAAAACCAAAAAGACGAAUACAAAGCAACAAAGAUGAAGAAAAAAGACACACUAUAUAUUUAAAGAAAUUAAUAUUCAUGUUUAAUGUAUUAGUCGAAACUUUAACGUACCCUCCCAUACCAGAGGUAUUCGAAUUUUAAAGCGAGCAUUAACUAACUGCAAGUGUAUAACCAGCAAAGUCAGAGCGCUAUGUAGUCGUAGGAUCAUAGGAUCAUAACACAAAACAAUGAUCGGAGGCGGAUCCACGGCCCGCCCUUCGGACUAAACUUAAUCAAACGUUGAAGGCUAGCAGGCCAUUGAAAUUUCGAAUAACAUUUAAACUUCUCACCCAAGCAAAAUCCGUGAGUCGGGGAUUAGAUAACACUGAUAAUGUCCCUCCCCCGAGAUAAUGCCAUUUGCAAUCGUUUUUGUAGUCCAUCCCCACCGUUUCGAUUUAUUUCAUUGUGUUUGGUUUCGUUGUUUCAGCAGGCAGCCGCAGAAAGACUUAUAACCCGAGCAGCUAUAGCAACCGAUAUACGUACACUUCCACUUCCACAUAGGGGAGCUUAAAGGAGCAGAGAAGGGAACUGAAACCGAAAACUGGGAUGGCGAGGUGUUUAGCUGGGAAAUCGAGAGCCUUGAGAACACGUGUAAGGAUAGAGAGCGAAGGACUCAACGCUGUGCAGGAGUUUCGAUGAAUGAUAAGGUGUUGGACAGACGACGAAAGCAAGAAAAAGGAAACGAGGAAAGGUAUGUUGAGGUUACUAUAUAAGGAAGCCAAGGGCUGAGUGGGUUAGGAUGGUAACAGGGUAGAAGUAGAAGCUUAGGUUUGGUUGGGUGGGUUGGGGUUGGGGUGAAAUGUGAGACACUGAAACAGCUAUUGUGAGACAAAUACGAGGAUGAGCAGAGAGUCAUAACUAAAUACGAUUAAAUAUGAAGUACACAAAGUGAAUGAAGGUUAUUUUUCUAUAUUUUUUUUACUUUUUCAUAGUCAUAGAAUAACAAAUUUGCAACAAACAAACAAGAUACAAGAUAAAUAUGCAGCAAGAGCAGGGCGAGACGUAAACCAGGCACACAGGCAAUUUUAAUCAAUGUAACCAGUAACCAGAAAACAGAAAACAGAAAACGGAACAAGCAAUUCGAGGCCACAGCAAAAACAGUCCAAAAGAGCCAGUUACAAUUAUUAAUUAUAGACUCGAGUGGUCGAGACGCUACUCGAGACAGACUUUUUAGGCUACGCGUAUAUUUUUGAGUUGCUUUUUAUAUAUACAACAGCAACAGAUCCGGGAGGAGUUGCAGCAGGCAACUUGCAACAUGCCACAGGCAGGCAGCAACAGUAAACAGUCAACUGGCAACCGUCCAGUCUACAACCGUUUGAUAAGCAACCAGCAAAAUUUAAGCAAAAUUAUACACACGUAGGGCUAAGAGGGGCAGGGGUACGGCAUGCGAGGAUGAGGGUUUCGGGACCUUAUGGUCGCAAACCCCAUACUCGUUCCCCGUCCGAUCAGCACAUGCGAUUGGGUUUUUGAAUACCGAUCAAGCGUCUUUCGAUUAUUGAGUAAUAUGCAGUCUCUGCUUCAAGGAUUUUAAAUUUAUAACCAAGAAAAAACAAAUGAUGAAAUUUACUAAAUAUUAAUUUUUUUCCAAAUUCGUGCGCUAAGCGAAGCAAAACAUAAACCAAACCGAAGUAGGUAAAGAUAAUGAAUACUCACACAUGAACUAUAUACACUUUAUAUAUAUAUAUAUAUAUAUACUUAAGCGUAUUGAUGUUGCUUAAAACAAAACCCCCAAAAAAAAAGAACUCUUCUCCCAGCCAGAAGACAUUUUUUGCCUUUCACGAAACGAAUUUCCCCUAAGAUAUGAAAUAUGAAAACUUGUUAACUUUGCCCCCGUUUGUUUGCGACUUAAGUUUCGUCGAAAUCAGAUCAAUCAGAUCAGACUAUACACUAUCCACACAUUACACAUGUAUACAUUGCCUUAUAUCCAGAGAACAAACAGAUAUCUGCAUCAUACCUUAUAUUAGUGUAAGAAUCAAAUACGAUAUGUACGACCUAUAAGAGUUUGUUUGUUAAAUUUGCUUUUACUUUUUAGCAGCUUCGAUUUAAAUCAAAUAUACACUAAAUGCACACACCCCCGCACACACACGCCCACCUGAGUGCGUGUGUGGUGUGUGUGGGCCCGUGUGUGCUCUAUAUAAUCAUUAGUACAGCAAGUGCAUGCAGAAAGUAAAAUUGUUACAAACAAGAGCCGAGCCGAAGUAUCGCUGGCUGGCGGACAUAGCCAUAGCUACAGCUAAGCCAGGGAAGGAUUGGUCAGGAGCAACGAGUCGGUAGGAGUCAGGCAGACAGGGAUAGAGCGAGCCAGCACAAAGAUCCGACAAAGGGCAAAGGUUAGCGCGAAGAAAUAUAUAUGUAUUACAUUUUAUGAAACGUCAAGCUUAUCUCAAGAACUAUUUCCAAAACAAAAUCUGAAAUUAUAAUAAACGUAUUUAUGUGAA